UGGUGUCGACACCCAGGGCACCGGGCAGGAGAUGCAGAGUAUGUGCUCCAGGUGUCUAGUGCUGGUGUGUAAAUACAUGGACCUGAUCGACAGCCAAAUCAUAAAUGACCUAUUGUCAGGAAUGGACUCAGCACUGGUGGUGGGACUCACCUGCCGUGUGGGCUGCAGUACCAGGGCUGACCAGCGGGUGCUCUCAGCAGCCAGAAGCUCACUCCUGCAGCAAUCAGCCAACACCUGGGGCUGAUUGCAGGAGGUGUAUUUAAGGAAUGGCCAGACCUGCAGUCAGUGCCUUGGUGUAUGUUUCCCAUGAACCCCUGUACCUGGUAUCCUGUGUUCCUGCCUAUCUGCCUAGUUGCUGACCCUGCUU